AGGAAAGGUGUCUGCGGAGUCGAUCGGAGACCUUGAAGAAGUAACCUCUCUGGAAUCGAAUCAUAAAGGAUCGGAGGUGGUGGUGGUGGUUUAGAUCGGAUCGGAUCGGAUCAGCUCAGCUUGUUUUAGUUCUCGCCGGAAAGUUUUGUAGCGUCGAUCGAUUGACCGAAAUGAGUUUCCUCUUCGGCAAGAGAAAAACUCCCGCAGAACUUCUGCGGGAGAACAAGAGAAUGCUGGACAAAUCUAUUAGAGAAAUAGAGAGGGAGAGACAAGGCUUACAGACACAGGAGAAGAAAUUGAUUGCAGAGAUAAAGAAAAUGGCAAAGCAAGGGCAGAUGGGAGCCGUGAAAGUGAUGGCGAAAGACCUUAUUAGAACAAGGCAUCAGAUUGAAAAGUUUUAUAAGCUUAAAUCACAACUCCAGGGUGUAUCUCUUAGAAUUCAGACAUUGAAAUCAACACAAGCAAUGGGAGAGGCAAUGAAAGGUGUCACAAAGGCGAUGGGCCAGAUGAACAGGCAGAUGAACCUGCCGUCUUUGCAGAAAAUUAUGCAAGAAUUUGAGAGGCAAAAUGAGAAGAUGGAGAUGGUGACUGAGGUGAUGGGAGAUGCUAUUGAUGAUGCUUUGGAAGGGGAUGAGGAAGAGGAGGAAACUGAAGAACUUGUGAACCAGGUCCUUGAUGAGAUUGGAAUUGAUGUCAAUCAAGAGCUUGUGAAUGCACCAUCAUCUGCUGUAGCUGCUCCAGCUGCAAAGGGAAAGGUUGCACAAGCAGAAGCAACAGGGAAUGAUGACAGUGGGAUUGAUAGUGAAUUGCAGGCAAGGUUAGAUAAUUUGAGAAGGAUGUAGGUAUCUAUGGCUUGUUACGUACUAUUGUGAAAUAUACAUCUGAUGAACGUUGCAUGGUGAGAAAAAUAAUUUCAGAUAUAAAUUUCAGGGUUUGGGAUAGCUGGAUAUUCUAAUAAUUUGCUUUUGUAAAUUUAUACAUGCUUAUCUAGUAAAUUCAGCAUUUAUAAUUUCACUUUUUAUGACAAUGGAUUUAAACCCCAUUAUUCAAUUUUCAUUCUAG